CCAACUACUUCCAUUCUUUUCUUCUGUGCUUCUACUACAAAUCCUUCAUCUUUCUGUCCGAAAUUUUCAAUCAGUCUCUGGUUUUUCGUGCCUCUCUCUCUCUCUCUCUCUCUCUCUCUCUCUCUCUUAUCGUUCAAGAAUCAAGAAUAACAGAUCAAGAUGGAUUCCCAUAUAUAAAGGGAGCCGUCGAAGCUAAGCGAGAAAAGCACGGAAAUCGGAAAGCUAAUGAAAAGGUGAAGCAAAAGAUGCCGUGUGCCAUUCGGAGAACCAAGAGCAAAAUUGAGAAAGUUGCAAAAGGAGGAAGUCGAUCUCUGUCAAGGAUAUCUUUAGAACAGAGCAAACAAAAAGCUUUUUCAAAGGAUCGUGAAGUAUCUGAUUUCAUUAGGGGGAAUUCUGAUCCAAGGUACAUUAUUGUCACAUUUGUUACCCUUGAUCCUGAUGUGCACUGUAAAUUUGUUGCACUUGCACCCUUGUUGCUCCCUCUACAAGGUCCUGACCAGAGAAACCAGUUGGGUUCUGGACCUCAUGUGAAAAUGGAUGGUCUCGAUUUGGUUCCUCCACCAUCUGCUAUUACAUUGCAUGUUGAUCCACAAGGGACGCAGAGGAUUCAUCCUCCUGAACAUGCAUAUUCUACAAAUUCAUUAACUGCUAGCAGUAGUUCUGGGUCAAAUUUUCUGCAACAUUCUCAAACGAGGACCUCAAUGAAUAAGAGGACCAAAGCUGCUAAGGUAUCUGGCAGUUCCACUCAGCAGAAUUCUUUUGUGACCAGUGAUUCCCCUGCUUUGAUCCAGGAUCAUUCUAAUGCGAAUGUUUCAGCUCAACAAGUUAUAAGUACUUCCAAAAUCAAUAAGCCUGCCAAGAAAAACUCCAGGAAGAAGGCAAAAAAGAAGAGAAAACAAUUCAAGAAGCCCUCAUGCAGCACUGACUCUACUGAACCUGAAGUUUUAUGUGAAGAAGGUGUCUCUAGCAGUUCUACUUCUGAAUCUUGUGCUAACAAUGACCGGGUUAGUGGGGUUGGAAUGAUUUCAGAGAAUAGGUUAACUGAGAAUGCAAUUACUCCUGUAGUGUCAUUGCAGAAGAUUACUGUGAAUAUAAACAACAGUGGUCUAAGUAACCAUUCUGCAACAACUAGAGUGUGCUCAUCUUACAGCAGUGACGUGAAUGAGUCUGAAGCUGUCGUGCCUUUACUACCCCAGGAGUCUACUGGUGAACAUUUUCUAGUUAAUCGCGAGUGUCAGUUGAAAGCCACAGAAACACUAUUUUCUACCUAUAAUGGGGAAACAGUGGAUAGCUGUCUGAAGGGGACCAGCUGUUGUGAGGAUGCAUCUUUGGAAAUCUUCUCUGAUAUAAACAGCACACCUGUGUUGGAUUCAUUUUCUGAUGGCUGGAACAGUGAUUAUAGUAUCAAUGGGGGUGAUGUGGAAGAAAAGUCCUCUGUCAGAGAAGGUAGUGGAAGUAGUCCAUCAGAAUCACUUGGGUACAGUAACAAUGGCAGUUUGUUGCAUAAUGCCAGAAAGGGAUGUCUUUCUCGUGGAAACUGUUCAAAGGGGGCAGUUGAUGCCUAUAAUCUUGCUGAAAGAAUGAAAAGUGGGACUCAUGGCUGUAGCAGCAGUGAUGGGAAUUCAUUUAUUCCAGGCAAGAGGGGCAGACAAGAAAGAAAACUAUCUGGGCAAAGAUUCAGCAGCGGAUGUUUACAAGGUCGUACAGGAAAAGAAAAUAAUCAUUCUGUUUGGCGGAAGGUCCAGAGGAAUGAUGCAGAUGGACACCUCUGUGAAGCGAAGAAUGUGGAUUUUGUUGAUUUGCAGUCUGAUACUGCUUGUAAAGAGGCUUCCUUGCUUAAAAGGGGUUCAAAUGCUUCUGAUUCAGAUAUAUUAAAAUCAGAAGACAACGAGAACUUAAAGGUCAAGGUUUCUGAAAAGUUGAAAAAAAAACCCAGUGCAUGCUUGAAGCCAGAGUUCAAAUACCAUCCUAGGAAUGGAUUCAAUGCUUGUAAAACGACCUCAAAUAGGUCCACACAUGUUAAUUUGCAGCAGAAGGAUGCAUCAGAUAUCCCAUCUCAGGUGCAGUUAAACUCUCAUUGUCACAUUGAAUGUGUUAACACCAACCUUCAAGCUGAUGGAGUUAACUGCAUUCCUUCAGAAAGAAUUCAAACUUCUCAAGGUUUUCCUGGAGAAAUGAACCGAUGUGGAAGUGCCUGUACUAUCAAUGAUCGAGCUGAAAAAAACCAAAAUAGUACAUCAUCUAGAAGUAGUGAUUCUCUGGACAAGCCAAAUCCGCUAGAGGCAGGGUCUCCAGUUGACCAUCAGCUCCCAGUAAUUAGUGGACAUGCCAAACCGGAAGCAGAUAAUCCUCCUGAGGAAUACAGCAUGCCAGAACAUAGUUUGGGGUCUAUCUUGCAGAAGUGGGUACCUGUUGGGAGGAAAGAUGCCGAUUUAACAAGCAUGCGGAUACCUGCCAAGGCAUCAGUGUCACCUCUUGAGGAAUCCAUCACAGAUAAAUGGCCUUUGCAAAGCAGUGUAGGAGGGGAAUUAAGUUCCAGUUGUGAAACUCCUCUUCCUUUAAUGGAUAUUGGUAUUGCAUCUCUUACAAGGGAGUCUGGGAAUAUCAGUGGUUCACUUUCUGAUGACGAAGGCCGGAUUCUGAAGACCAUAGGCCAUAAUACUUGCAUGUCCAGUGAGCAGAGUAGAACACAUUAUGAAGCUAAGUGUGUUUCAGUUGAACUAUACAAAGACUGUAGGAGUUCUGUAUUUGAGACUGACUCACUUAAGAUAAUGCAAGCUGUAAACGAUGCCUACAGGUUACAAUUAGCUUCUGAAGCUGUUCAAUUUGCUACUGGUAGUCCUCUUGCAGAUUUUGAGAAACUUCUUCAUUCUGCUUCCCCAGUCAUUGCCCAGAGAUACAGCAUUCAACAUUGUCAGACUUGCUUGCUGGAGAAUGUUGGUGCAUCCCUUUGCAGGCAUGAAAUGCCUAAUGUUUCUUUGGGAGGCCUUUGGCAAUGGUAUGAGAAGCAUGGAAACUAUGGAUUGGAAGUUAAGGGAGAGGACUAUCUGAACUCAAAGAGAUUGGGUAUUGACCGUUUUGAGUUCCGUGCUUAUUUUGUUCCAUUUUUGUCAGCAGUUCAGUUGUUUAGUAAAUGUAGGAAUCAUCCUAUGAAUAAUAGCACUGGGAUUUCCUGUCCUGAGGUUUUUGAAGCUUGUGAGAUGGAUGAAGCAUCAGAAAGUUCCUCUCAGAUAGGCCAAGAUCCAAAAUUUUCAGUACUUAUACCUAAACCUUUCAGACAGGGCGGCAAAUUCUCAUCACAACCUGUGAGUCUAUCAUGUCUUUCAGAGUCUUCAUCAACACAUGUCGGAGAUUUGUUUAAUGAUCAUUCAUUUCGUCCUGCAUGCUGUGAUGAUCCUGAGCUCCUUUUUGAAUAUUUUGAAUCUGAGCAACCUCAACAAAGACGGCCAUUGUUUGAAAGGGUAAAAGAGUUGGUCAGAGGUGGAACUUCAAAUUGCCGAGCUUAUGGAGAUCCAACGGUGCUAAACUCCUUGGGUUUGCAUGAUCUCCACCGCUCUUCUUGGUAUUCUGUUGCUUGGUAUCCUAUUUAUAGGAUACCGGACGGUAAUUUUCGUGCUGCAUUCUUGACAUACCAUUCACUUGGCCAUUUGGUUCACAGAAGUGACUCAUCUGAUUCUUUUGGUGGGGAUAAUUGUAUAGUUUCUCCGGUUGUGGGUCUUCAAAGUUACAAUGCCCAGGGUGAAUACUGGUUCCAUUUGAAAGAAACUUCAAGUUCCAGCCCCUCCGAGAUUUUGAAACAGCGGUUGGGCACUCUAGAACAGACUGCUUCUAUAAUGGCAAGGGCUUCAGUAAAUAAGGGAAAUCUGAAGUCUGUGAACCGACAACCCGAUUAUGAGUUCUUUCUCUCUCGGCGACGGUGAUAGUAGGCUCGAUUUUUAUCAGGUUUGUAGUUCAUUUUUCUGUAUACUUCUUCUGAUGUUUCAUGAUAACUGAGUCAAAAGUCAGUCCUGCCAGCAAUUUUUCUUGGGGGCAAAACUAACCUGGAGUAGGAAAUAGGCAGUCUUUGCUUGUCUUUGUACAGUUUAGUACUUGUACAUUUGCUUUUCCUCACCAUUGGACUUGGUGGGUUCUGCUGUUAUAGUUCUUAAAAAUUCUGUAAUCUUUAUCUUUCCUUUUCAUGGAUAACACAGCUCUGAGCUUUAAGGCCUGUAA